ACAUCGGCACACCGAACACCCACAAUGACGGAUCAAGUACGGGUUGCCCAGAGGCGACGGACCAUGAACAACGUUUUCACUGUCACAGUGGGUACAGGCGACGAUGCCGAGGUCUUCUUGGUGCACGACUUUCUGCUGAAGCAAAGCUCGAAAUUUUUCCAGACUGCACUAAAGGAAGAGUGGAGAGAGGGCCAGGAGAAGAAGGUCGACUUACCGGAAGACAAACCCGAAGCUUUCGGUGUCUAUACCGAGUGGCUUUUGCAGGGCAAAAUCACUUCUGGCACAGGCAAGCCAACAGAAGAGCUUACAUCGUACGACGUUACCCUAGAGCAUCUACUUCUGGCCGACCUUUACGUGGCUGGUCGACGAGUGCUGGGCACACGGCAGGAAGAAUUGGUUUGAGCAGCCGCGCUCGGCCGAAUAUUGUGCUGAGUUUCUGCUUGAGCUGGUUAAGAGGAAGAUGCGGCGCUAACACUGAGCAGAC